AUGGGGAACCGCAGCGCCGCGGACGCGGGCGGGCUGUUGGCUGGGCGUGGGCCGGGCACCGGGACCCCGGGGUCAGGCGCGGCGUUGGGGGCAGCGGGGGCGGCAGCACUGGCGGGAGGCGUGCUGCUCAUUGGCGUGGUGCUGGCGGGGAAUUCGCUCGUGUGCGUGAGCGUGGCGUCGGAGCGCUCGCUGCAGACGCCCACCAACUACUUCAUCGUGAGCCUGGCGGCCGCCGACCUCCUCCUCGCACUCCUCGUACUGCCGCUCUUCGUCUACUCCGAGGUGCAUGGCGGCACGUGGUURCUGAGCCCCCGACUUUGCGACGCACUCAUGGCCAUGGACGUCAUGCUGUGCACCGCCUCCAUCUUCAACCUGUGCGCCAUCAGCGUGGACAGGUUCGUGGCCGUGACUGUGCCACUGCGCUACCACCGCCAGGGCCGGCGCCAACUGCUGCUCAUCGGUGCCACGUGGCUGCUCUCUGCAGCUGUGGCGGCGCCAGUACUGUGCGGCCUCAACGACGUGCGCGGUCGMGACCCUGCCGUUUGCCGCCUGGAGGACCGCGACUACGUGGUCUAUUCGUCCGUGUGCUCCUUCUUCUUGCCCUGCCCGCUCAUGCUGCUGCUCUACUGGGCCACGUUCCGCGGCCUCCGGCGCUGGGGAGCGGCCCGGCAAGCCAAGCUGCAUGCCCGUGCGCCCCGCGGGCCCAGCGGCCCCGGCCCGCCAUCUGCACCCAGCCUUCACCCGGGACCCUGCGGGCCCGACUGUCCGGUGCCCGGGCCGGUCCUCCACCGGGUCUCCUGCGGACCCGGCUGCCCGCCUCUCGACGCCAUUCCUGAAGCAGAGCUCUCGCCCCAGCCCCCGACGCAGGCCCACCAAAGGCGUGCCAAGAUCACCAGCCGAGAGCGCAAGGCCAUGAGGGUCCUGCCGGUGGUGGUUGGGGCCUUCCUGGUAUGCUGGACGCCCUUCUUCGUGGUGCACAUUACAGGGGCACUGUGUCGGGCUUGCUUCGUGCCCCCGCGCCUGGUCAGCGCGGUCACCUGGCUGGGCUAUGUCAACAGCGCUCUCAACCCGCUCAUCUACACUGUCUUCAACACCGAGUUCCGCACGGUGUUCCGCAAGGCACUGCGCCCCAGCUGCAGAGCCCCGGGGCCCUGCUGUGCUUCUGAUUAA